AACGGUAAAGUUCCACGAAACUGGAUUUUGUUGCCAACGAAUGCAUCAGCAAUUCAGCACACAAUCCUCUAGUUUCUCUAGUCUCCUGCGUGUGAAUGACGAACAACAACUAAUAUCAAACUUUCCAUUGACACAAGUCACAAAAUCAAAAACCUUGAAAAACAAAACCCAAAAAAAAACAUGGCAACUGUUUCAGAACUCAAAUUCCUGUCACCAAUCUUAACACCAAACACUCAACCUCACCAUUUUCCUCACACUUUAAAACUCAAAUUUUACUCAAAAAAGACCCCUUUUUUCAGCAUUUCACUUCUUCCUUCUAAAACCCAACAAUGGCAGAAAGUAUUACGCCCAUGUUUGGCAGCAGAAGUUGCAGAUUUCCCACCUUCUUCUGAUGAUUCUGAACAAAACCCAGAAAAAGUUGCUGCUGCUGCUGCUCAGGAAAAGAAAGAUCGAAGAAAAGCAGUCAGAAUUGCGUGGGAAAAACUUGUUCGUUGGUCUCGUUCUUGGCGUUCUAAAACUAGGCCUGAUGUUCUUCAACGCACUCAAAAGGUUGUGGUGCUUGGAGGUGGGUCAUUUGGUACAGCUAUGGCUGUACAUGUUGCAGAUAGAAAAGCAGAAAUGGAAGUUAAUAUGCUCGUACGUGAUCCUCAAGUUUGUCAAUCUAUCAAUGAAAACCAUUUCAAUUGUAAAUAUUUUCCAAAUCAUAAGCUACCAGAUAAUCUUACUGCCACAACUGAUGCCAAGUCUGCUCUUCAAGGUGCUGAUUUCUGCCUUCAUGCUGUGCCAGUGCAGUUCACAGGUUCUUUUCUUGAAAGUAUUGUGGAUUAUGUUGAUCCUGCCUUGCCAUUCAUUUCACUUAGCAAAGGUUUGGAGCUUAAUACACUACGGAUGAUGUCUCAAAUUAUUCCACAGGCGUUAAAGAAUCCUCGUCAACCUUUUGUUGCUUUAUCAGGGCCUUCAUUUGCAUCUGAAUUGAUGGACAAACUGCCAACAGCCAUGGUAGUUGCUUCAAGGGACAAGAAAUUGGUGAAUGAAGUUCAGCAGCUUCUGACUUCUGAGAGGCUAAGAAUCAACACUUCAAGUGAUGUUACAGGGGUUGAAAUUGCUGGCGCAUUGAAAAAUGUUCUGGCUAUAGCGGCUGGAAUCGUGGAAGGGAUGAAUCUGGGUAACAAUUCCAUGGCUGCUCUUGUUGCACAAGGGUGCUCGGAAAUUCGUUGGUUAGCGAAAAAGAUGGGUGCCAAGUCUGCAACACUUACAGGGCUAUCAGGAACCGGAGACAUUAUGCUUACAUGCUUUGUUAGUCUUUCAAGAAAUAGGACAGUAGGAGUUCGUCUUGGGUCAGGUGAGAGACUUGAAGAUAUAUUGAGCUCAAUGAAUCAGGUUGCUGAAGGUGUUGCUACAGCUGGAGCCGUCAUUGCAUUGGCCCAAAAAUAUAAUGUCAAGAUGCCAGUUUUGACCGCAGUAGCUAGAAUAAUCGACAAUGAGCUGACUCCUCAAGCAGCUGUUCUCGAAUUGAUGAGCCUGCCUCAGGUGGAAGAAGUUUGAAGCCUGUGAACCGAGUUUUUGUUCGGACUUCGGAGCCUGUUUAACUCUUGGGGCGAAAUACCUCUAUGAUUCUAUUGCUGAUGUGCUCCUUGCUUCACGGAUCUGGGUUUCAACUGCAGGAGCAUUGCAGAGUUCAGCUUAAUCAGAGCAAAGCUCAGGGCCAAACCGAUGGCAAAAUACUGAGAAGACAUUGCAGAGAUCAUUAAUCUUAAAAUAUCCAAUCAUUCAAUUUACUUAUUUAUUCUGAUUUCAAUUUAAUCAAAAGUUCUUACUACUACAAGUUAGUUGCAAUGCAACGAUUAGUCUUUCUGAUUUCUGCUAAUCUAGAGUCUAUUUUUCAGAGUUCUCUAGUUUGAGUGCACUGGUUAGCCUGUGUUCUUUUUGCUUAAAUUUAGUGUAAUAUUGUGAUUGAUUGAUAUCUUUAAACUAGUGAAGUAAUUUUUGGUCUUGGACCGUGCUUUCACUGCUGUAAGUUUUGUAAUAUUACGACUCUACAAGUAUGAUUUACCACUAA